AUGGUCGACAUCGUGAUCGCUCUUGCAGGCCUGCACGUCAUGCAGAUCUACGACAGCGCAACUUGUGCUGCCGAGACGGUUUUCAUCACCGUCGGGGCACCUGCGCCCAGUAUUGCCUUUGGCACCACUGUCAUGAGCAUGAUCAGCACCGAGACUGUCGCCGUCUCCACUGUCACUGUCUACCCCGAGUCUGUCUCUUCCGGUUUUUCUGCCACGCCGUACUCUGUUCCCACCGCGGCCACAUCGGGUACCGGUCCUGCUUCAGAGUCGGAGGCUGCAUCUGGUCCUGGUAGCAUCAUCACCACGCAGACUUUCACCAUUCCCGUUGGCCCUGCAGGUUCCCCCUUUACUGGUACUGUCACUCUCACUGAGCCGUGCCCUGACUCUGGUUGUGGCACAACCCCUUCAGUUCCUGCCGGUGCUCCAACUGCUGGCCCAGGUCUGACAACCUACUUCUUCACCACGACCAUUACUUCUGGUUAUAGCCCUCAGGUCGUUGAGACCAGCACUUAUACGGUGGUCGAGACAGCUCCCACAUCGAGCUCCAGUCACUCUAUGGUUACGGCCAGCUUCACCCUCACUGUUGGAACCGUAACGGCCACUCCAACUUCGAGAUCAAUUGAGUCGACGUCUACGCCUGUGGCCUCGGCAGAGCCUCCACCAUCGUCUGCUACCACCCCACCCUCUGUCACUCUUACAGCGGCUCCUGCGCCUGUCUCUCCUACUGUCUUCACAGUGACUCUGCCGGGCGUACCGGGCUCAUCAGCUCAGGUCAUCACCAUCACGGCAGCCACGCCAGUUACUGGUGGCCCAUCUACUGAAACUCCAGUAGUCAUCACCGAGACGACCACCUUGUACUCCGGAACAACUGAGGUCCCUGGGCCGCCUCCUUCGCCAUUGGUCACCUCUCUUGUUUUCACUUACACCAUAUCGGAAGGUAGUGUUCCUAUCGCCACUCUGACUGAGUCGACAGAUUUCACCUACGUUGCAUCAGCGGGUGCAGUCGGGACAUCUUUCACCACGGUGUCAACCGUGACAACAUUCAGCACCGCCACUGUGUUGGUGUCAACUGGUCCUUCGCUUAGCACGUCGAGUGUGAACAGCUCCUUUGUACCAUCUGUGACAACCGUGACGCCUGAGCCGCCGCCUUCAUUGCCACCCAGUACCUCAGGUCUUCCGUCCUCUGCACCAUUUGCGAAUAGCACUACUGGCGCAAGUGGAAUUCCAGGCAGUUUCUCUACUGUUUCUACCAAUGGAACAGCUGCUGCCACCAGUGUCAUCGUAUCUCUCAAUUCCACAACAGUCAUUGCCCCGUUCCCUACUGGCAACGCGUCUUCGCCUUCAGCCUCUGAAACUGCACUCCCUUCGUCAGGUAUAGUCACGGGCAGCCUCACGACCGUCAUCAUCAAUGAAACAGCUCCCGCGACAAGUGCGAUUAUUCCCGCCAACUCGACCACUCUUAUCGCACCGCUGCCCACUGGGAACGAAACAUCCGCUUCCAUCUCCAUCAGCGCAAUCUCGUCUGUUGGUGCCAUCACCGGUGUUACGACCAUUAGCAUCAGUGGAUCAGCUGCCGCAACAAGCCUCAUCAUCAUCGCCAACUCGACCACAGUCUUCGCACCUCUGCCAACCGGAGAUACCUCCUUACCACCGUUGCCAGGCUCUUCUACCACACCGCCUCCUUUCCCCACAGACAAUGGCACAACAUCUGUUCUGCCGCCGUCCGGCACUGGUGCCAGCUCUCCACUGCCAAUCUCCGAGUCUGCACCAAGCAACGCGUCUGAGUCGGCGCCGGCUUCGACGAGCACUGCUGUGCCGUUGAAUUCGACCACAGCGGCCUCCCCCAUUCCGACCAAUGUGACAGCGUCGACUGCUACCAGUAUCAUUGUGCCUUUGAAUUCCACCACCUUGGCACUCCCGCUUCCGACAAACGGAACAGCUUCUGCCACCAGCAGUGUCCUUGUACCGUUGAAUACAACCACGGAGAACUUGCCUCUCCCUACCAACGGUACAUCAAUCAAUGGGACAUCCUCAACAGGCCCAGGCCCAGGGAGCCCACUGCCUACCUCUGAGACAGCUCCAGCACCUGGCAAUACCACCGUGCCCACUCCACCACUUGGCAAUGGAACUUCAGCAUCAGGUGCUGCUCCUCCACCUUCCACGGGUAAUGGGACGGCUCCCACCGCUCCUCCAUCUGCUGGUACAUCUGAAGGCGGUGCAGCUCCGACUUCUGCCAACGGUACUGUUACUGCCUCACCUUCCGCAAACGUGACCAGCAUGUCAAAUGGUACUGCGCCUACACCCUCUGGGCCUGAAGCUACUGCGCCAGCUAACACGACCGUUCCCUCUAUCCUGCCAACAGGAGGGCCGUCGUCCCUGGCCAACUCAAGUCUGCCUGCAAGUCCCACGGCAAAUGCCACAAGCGGUCCGUUGCCCACCUCAGAGCCGCCGUUGAACACGACUACGCCGCUCAACAGCACAACCCCUACUCCCACUUCCAACACGACUGCAUCUGGUGGACCUGGUCAAUCUGCGCCACCUCAAUCUGCUCCCCCACAAUCAGCGCCUCCCCAAGCGCACCUCCCCAAUCUGCACCUCCUCAAGGCGCUCCGUCUGGAUCUCCUCAAGGCGCGCCUCCUCAGUCAUCUCCCCCGCAGUCUGCGCCUCCUCAAGGCGCUCCUCCUCAGGGCUCUCCCUCACAAGGCGCACCUUCUCAAGGCGGGCCUCCUCAGGGUGCUCCCUCUCAGGGCUCUCCACAGGGUGCUCCUUCUCAGGGCUCUCCACAGGGUGCUCCUUCUCAGGGCCCUCCUCAAGGCGCUCCUUCUCAAGGUGGACCUCCUCAGGGCGCGCCCUCCCAGGGCUCCCCUCAAGGCUCCCCACAAGGCGCACCUCCGCAAGGUGGUCCUUCUCAAGGCGGUCCCUCUCAAGGUGGUCCUCUUCAAGGCGCGCCUGUUCAAGGAGCACCUCUUCAUCAUCAAGGCCCGGUCAGAGCCUACAGAAACGGCGGCACCCUCAUGUGAUGAUCUCGUGACCCAAAGCAAUGUAGUACUUGAUUUCGAUAAUCUUCCCGGUCUUCACUUGGCGCCUGGCACCGACCCUGAGGACAUCGCACCUGAUCCGAUGUACAGCCCCUACCGCCAUUUCACGUGGUCAGAGGCCUUCAAAAUCAUCCCUGCUUCAGUUGCGCCCUACAAGCCAUCUUCCGGAGACCUAAUGCUCGAGGUUCCAAUUGUCAUAAAAGAUGAUCAGCAGGCGAAGAUGGGUGUCGGAAACCUUCAAGCAAACCCAUGCUUCCGAUUUGACUUCGCCGGCUUGCGGGUUGGAUGCGCUUCCAAGAAAGCCAAGUGCAUGUUCAACAUCACUGGUCUUUCAUGGGACGACGAUUCUCAGACCGAGAUGACUGUAGGAUCCCAGAUGUCCAGCACGCGCGCUUGUGCGCGUCAGAUGAACUGCAAACUUGGGUCUCUUGUUGCAGACGCAACAGCUGGACUGUCCAACCUCACGUCUCUCCUCAUAGAUGUCACCGCGAAUGACCAGCCACAGAAGUGGUGGGCAGACGACAUGGCGGUAACCUGGACUGACACUUCGUGCGAGGCUGCUAUAUGCCGCUCCGGUGUGCGCGACAUUUAUCCAAAGCGUGGCCGCGGUCACGGAAUGACUCAAAUUGUCAAGAUUGGCCAUCCCUGA